CAUAUAAGCAUACGGCAACAUGCACAUACAAUAUAGCUGACCAACUUCCUAGAAAGCUGUAAGCUUUGGUAAAUUUCAAUAUGUUGUUCAAGAAGUGCCACUUGGUCCAGUUCCUUGUCUGUAUUAGCAUAGCUGUUGUGGCAGUUGAAUUUGUUGAAGGAACAUGUACUAAAGGAGCCAUCAGAUAUGAUCCAGAAUACAGCAAUACUGUUAUACAGAUAUGCUUUAAUAAUAGAUGGGGAUAUAUCUGCACAAACAAUAAUGAAGUACCCAGGCAAAGAAUAGCUAAUGUAAUCUGUCAACAGAUGGGAUAUUCUAGACACUCUGAUACUGGUAUGACUCAGAUAAGAAUAGAUCCUGCUCCUACAACUGAUUUUAUUCAAUGGCUUCAUUGCUCAGAUAAACCAAUUCCACAGCAGAGCAUUUUAGAUUGUUCACAUCAAAUUUAUAGCUAUCGCUAUCGGCCCGUUCUGAGAUGUUCUACCUACUAUCAUAUUGCUGCUAGUAAUUGUAUCAGUACCUCAGUCUGUCAAAAUGGACAGAUACAAUUACUUGAUACUAAUGCUGUAUUGCUGUGUGUAAAUGGAGAGUGGCAUGCAUUAUGUAAUACAACAUGGUCCUAUACUCAAGCACAAGUUGUAUGUAGACAAUUAGGAAAGAAUGCACAAGGAGCUAUGCCAGUUAAUGUUUCAGUACCUACCAAUAUUUCAGUGUUAAAAGCUAACUUUGAAUGUAAUGGAAAUGAAAAGUUUCUUUAUAACUGUUCAGAUUAUCGCUUAAAUUCCUGUAGUAGUGGCACUGUUGCUGGUGUUAUAUGUGAAAACUUGCCUGGACCUCCUUCUAAUCUUACUGUCGAUAGUAAACAAUCAGAUAUUAUAUUACAUUGGAAAUACACUGAUAGAAACAGUGAUAUGUCCAAUUUCAGUGUUUACUGUAAAAACAUGAUUGUUUAUUCCCAACCACACAUAAAGUUCAAAACUGAACUAAACAUACUGACAAAGAACAACAGUGCAACACUGAUUGGUUUAUUAGCCAAUACUGUGUACACAUGCUGUGUGUCUGCUGUAUUCCUUUAUAUGGAGACUGAAUCAACAUGCAUUAAUGUAACAAAAGGAUUGCAAGAAGCUAGCUCUAGCACUUCUUCUACAUUAUCAUCUACUCCUGCUGCUACUGCAACUGUAGCAUCAUCAUCAUCAAAUGGAGCUAUCUCAUGGAUUGGUGGAAUAUUUAUUGGUAUCAUUAUCAGUGCAGUGUUUGUUAUUAUAUUAUUAUUGAUUAUCAAAAUUGUCAUUACAAGAAGAAGUAAAGAAAAACAAUUUGAACCUAACAAAAGGUCAUCAUUACAAAGUGAUAAUGUAAAUGUCACAUCCACUGUUUACCAUCAGUCAAGAGGUCAGACUCAGAAUAUUGGGAUUUAUUCUGAACUGUCACAAAAUCAAUUUGAGCCGUUUUCCAAUGGGAGGGAUCCUGUAGUUCCUGCUGCUAAUGAUUAUGAGAGUCCUGUUGAUGUGAAUAUAAUGACUGUUAAUAAUGAUCCAGUUUAUUCACUGGCUGAAACUGAGGAAGAAACUGGUAACUAUGACAAGUUACAAAGGAACUAACUUCAUCAUGAAAUUAUUAAUAAUUAUUUUAUAUUCAAUCAACUAUUUUAUAAUUUUGUUGCUAUUAUAAUGCAUAGCUAAUAAUAA